CACAGCCUCCAUAUGUACAUAUAUGUUUAAACACACCUCGCCUCUUGAAAAUAAGUUUUGACUCUACCCACUUACGUCAAAGUAGUAGUAAAUUGUUAUUAUUUGUUGUAGCCAGUAUACUUAGAGCAGACGCUGACCAGAGGAGUGUCACAAUGGGUGUUAAAACAGUGAAAGUUUUAAAAAGAUGGUUUCUUGGCAGCGGAGAUGAUGACCUCGUCGAUAAAUUAAGCCAUAUAUAUACAGUUACUGCGCUUUUUAUAUUUACUGUUGUUGUAAGUUCUGGCACUUAUAUAAAACAUGGUAUCAGUUGCUGGAGGCCAGUGUUAUUACGGUCAUCAGACCGUCAAUUUAUGGAAAGUAUGUGCUGGACUGGUACUUUGUACUAUGUACCUGAUGACAAGAAACUAAGUGAAAAGGAACACACUACUAUGAUCCAUUAUCAUCUCUGGAUUCCUAUAAUUCUAUUAUUCCAAGCAUUUUUAUUCAAGGUCCCCAAUUAUUUCUGGGUAAUGAUGAAUAAAACUUCUGGGCUGAAUGUUAAUAAAUUAGUUCAACUUACAAAUGAUCUUCAGAUGGUGUCAGAAAAUGAACGAAAUGAAUACAUUCAGCAAAUGGCUUCUUAUAUUCACAAAUGGAUUAUGGUUAACAGGAGAUUGGAAAAUGUACGACAGAUAUCCAAGGGAAAAAUUAGCAUUUUCCAUAUAUUCACUAUAAAUAAGCAUCGAGGUACAUAUCUGUCUGGAAUUUAUCUUAUUAGCAAAAUAUGGUACACGCUGAAUGCCAUAUGUCAAUAUUUCUUACUCUCGUUUUUACUAAAGUUAAACUUUACUGCAUUCGGUUCAAAACUGCUUCAAGACUCCAACUCAACAAAACAUUAUUUCCCUAAAGAUGCUUACUGUAACUUCCAAGUAAGACAUCAAGAUAUAAAUCUAACCUUGAAGGCUAGAUGUUUACUUCCGAUUAAUGUUCUUAAUGAGAAGAUUUUCAUCUUUCUAUGGUUUUGGUUCAGUUUUAUUGCUGUUUUAAGCUGUUUAAGCUUACUUCUUUGGCUGUACAGACUACUUGCAAGGCAGAGCUAUAUUAAUUACUUUUUCAGAUUCCUAAAAUCCAAAGGCUAUGGAGCAACAAGAAUGGAUAAAAUAGAAUGUAAAAGUUUCACCGAUGAAUAUCUUAAAAAUGAUGGAAUACUGGCUUUAAGAAUUGUUGGGAAAAACUCAUCAUAUUUUGUGUUGUCUGAUUUAGUGGAAUAUUUAUGGAAUGCUAGAACAGCUGAAAAUAAUCAUGGCAAUACAAGUAAAUUUUAACAUAUAAAAUAUAUGGGUUCUACAAUAUCUAUUUAAAAUAAAACAUCCUUCUUCGAAAACACACAUAUGUACAUACUUGAACAAAGAUAUAUUCAUAUACUGAUUGCUGUGCCAAUAUAUUCAUAAUGAUUAAAAUAUCAACUUCAAAUAUCAGAAGACGCAAGGAACUGCUAAUGAAACAAAGUUGCGCUCGAGAAUUCAUCAGUUUCAGGAGAGAACUAUGGAAAACAGUUUUUAACUUUAGAAUACCCUGUUUAACGUUUCGUUUUUGUGUUUUAAAAAUAGUUUCCUCAAACUGAUGAAUACACCACAUAAAUUUUCGUGCAUACCGUAGUUUCGUGAUCUUUUCCAGGCCUUUUCUGAUACACGAAUAUUUGUAAAUAUAUUUACUAUUCCAUCAACAAUGAAGAAGCUCUUGACGUAAAGUUAAAAUCUAAUUAUUAAUAAAGACAAACAACUGUAA